GCGUGCGCAUCUAUAUUGCGCAACAGUCGGCAGGACAGACGAAGAGUCCACAGUACACGCGGUCAGACCAUAGUGAGCGCUGCUCCAGUUCGCCCAGUCAUUCAUUACGCGUUUUGCGAGACUCCAUCAUCUCCCAUCUGUACUAGCCGCAUCCCUGAAGCAGCGAUGUUUUCCUGCAGAGCAGCCUGGCAGAGGUGCGGUCCAUUGGUGAGGAGGGCAGCCUUCAGGGGCCCAAAGGACGUUGUUCAGCGGCGGCAGAUGUCGACUGUGCCCGGGGGCUCUGGGGAGAACAUAGUCUAUGCUCUGCUAUGUGGUGGAGCGUUCGUAGGCUCCCUCGCGUAUGUGUAUAGCACCCUGUCGUCCGACCAUACCCGGUACAAUGACCGUGUGGAACAGAUCCAAGCUAGACCUAAGACGGACUGGGUGCCCAAACCAUGGCCACCAAAGAGUCAAGUGUCAGAUAUUCCCUUUUUUAAGAUUGAUUCUGUUCAAUUACAAAUGCUUGUGAUUCUAAGAUUUGACUCUUUAAGUCGCCAUGUAAUUGCAUGUUUUAUAUCCAUGCUGGGCCCUUUUUUCUUUUUAUUAUCUAGAGUGAACGCCUCCACUCAAACCAGGACUAACCCCUCCGCCGUCUCCUUGGUUUCAGGUGAGGAGGAGGAGGAGGAGGAAGCGGCCGCUGAGGAAGAAGCCGCCGAGGAAGAAGCCGUCGAGGUAGAAGCCGUCGAGGUAGAAGCCGUCAAGGUAGAAGCUGAGGCUGCUGCGGAGGUGGAGGCACCUGUAGACGUGGUGGUGGAGGAGGAGGCUCCUGGGGAAGACGCGGUGGUGGAGGCUCCCGUGGCCGAGGUGGUCGCCGAGGUGGUCGCCGAAGUCGCCGAGGUGGUCGCCGAGGUGGUGGUCGAGGCCGCAGAGGCGGUGGUCGAGGCCGCACAGGAGGUGGCGGCGGUGGCAGAGGAGGUGGCGCAGGUGGCCGAAGCCGUGGAGGAGGCGGCCCAGGCGCUGACGGAGCCGGCGGCGGCCGAGACGGAGAACAACGUGCUGGCAGCUGCCUCUACGACUGAGGCACUAAGGGUGGCUGAGGUAAUCGACGCAACCCUACCUGUGGAAGAGCCUGUCUCUGUUAAAGCUGCGCCAGUGGAAGUGGAGGCCCCGGCGCCAGUGGAAGAGGCCCCGGCCCCAGUGGAAGUGGAGGCCCCAGUGGAAGUGGAGGCCCCAGUGGAAGUGGAGGCCCCGGCGCCAGUGGAAGAGGCCCCGGCCCCAGUGGAAGAGGCCCCGGCCCCAGUGGAAGUGGAGGCCCCUGUGCCAGUGGAAGUGGAGGCCCCUGCGGAAGUGGAAGUGGAGGCCCCUGUGCCAGUGGAAGUGGAGGCCCCUGCGGAAGUGGAAGUGGAGGCCCCUGUGCCAGUGGAAGUUAAGGCCCCUGUGCCAGUGGAAGUUGAGGCCCCAGUGGAAGUGGAGGCCCCGGCGCCAGUGGAAGUUGAGGCCCCUGUGCCAGUGGAAGUGGAGGCCCCUGUGCCAGUGGAAGUUGAGGCCCCAGUGGAAGUGGAGGCCCCAGUGGAAGUGGAGGCCCCUGCGCCUGUGGAAGUGGAGGCCCCUGCGGAAGUGGAGGCCCCUGCGGAAGUGGAGGCCCCUGCGCCUGUGGAAGUGGAGGCCCCAGUGGAAGUGGAGGCCCCAGUGGAAGUGGAGGCCCCAGCGCCUGCUGAAGCUGCGCCAGUGGAAGAGGCUGCACCGUCUUCAGAAGUCGUCGCUGCUGAAGCGGCGUCAGCGGAGGCCGAGGCCUCGGUGGAAGACGGUGCCCCAGAAGCGUCUUGUCCGGUGUCCCAGGCCCGGGCCGACGAGCCCCAGAGGGAGUACAUCGUCGUCGUGCUGGAGGGAGCGCCCAAGAGCGAGAAAAACCCCAAAGUACUUGGUGUGGGGCCGGCGACUGGAAGACUCAUCCCGGCGCCAGACGACGACGCUCCCUCUGAGAGCCAAGAGAGAGUGCUUCUAAGGAUGCAAAUGCAGUAGAUCUUGCGAGAGUAAAUUAAUCAACAAAGACUCCCUCCGUGCAGAAUGACCGAAAGGAUGUGCCUUUUUCAAUCCUAUGUUCUUACCUCCAAUAACAGUGUUUGCAAUAAAAAUAUAAAGUUGUUUUUUUUUUUAACUCAAAGAAACUGCUCAAGCAACUUUAUCAAAAUGUAUUGUGCAACAAUGAGCCAUCGAAAUGACUAUUAACCUCACGGCACUUUAACAAUUAUUCAUGUAGCUGCAUGCCAACCAAUACUGAAGCCCUACAUUACUGUGCUCAUGGAAAACGUUCCAUGUUUCACACAACGGAUAAACAGUUUUGGGCCUUGGUACUUUCACUCCACUUGUGAUACUCAACAGAAGGGAUAAAUGGGAGAAAUAGUCCCUCAACGAAAAUCAUGUUUUUCUUUAAAGAUUGUUUUUUUAAAUCCCAGUAGUUAAUUCACUUUUAUGAUGUGGUACAUAUAUUCAAUGAAAUGGUCUGUAAAGGGAAGGUGCCCGUGUUUCUGAAUGUUGAUGGACAUUACUGACAUUAGGCACUUCUACACACAGCGAUGGAAGACUUGGCUAGACAUGGGUUGACCAGGAUAUACAUGCAGACCUUGUUAUUGGCAAAUAUUUGUUAUUGUCUUGAAGGAAUAAAUGCAGUUUAUGGUUAUUAAGAGGUAAAUUGGAUGCUGGUAAGCCAAUUCAUGUUUGAAUUGGAGAUGAUGUUAUGAAAUAGUGACUUUAUAAGGUGUUUGUGUUUAGUGUCAAACAAUGGAAUAGGUGCUUGAGGAGUAGAGUUCUUGCUAUGUUACAUUCGACAGCUAACUAAAUAUGGUAUUGAUCUGAAAAUGUCUGUUUCAAAUAUGUUUUUUCAGCUAUCUUUUCCUUCCGAUUACUCCAUUUGCUUGUGUUUGCUUAUACUUAAAAACACAGAUCAGGAAGAGUGAAGAUGAGGAACAGGAGCAUAUUGAAUAAUGGCUAUUCUGCACAUUUUUUCUUCUGUUAUGGUUUACAGAGGUGAUCAUCCUGAAAGCUUUUGUGUAGGUUUAAAUGUGAAUGUGAAUAAAAAGGUAAAACGAAUAUAAUGGUAUGUUUUUUU